GGUAGUUGCGUUGACGUGGCCACAGCGAGGCGCUGCCAGCCUCAGCAACGGCCGCAACAUACCGUGAACAAACAUUGACCAAGCACGCAGCCAACGCACUGCGCUCCGACGACUUGCCGCAACAUUCUUAGCGUAAAAGUUAACGUGGAUGGUUUACUCUAUGUAAUUUGCGAUGUUUAAGUUGAUAUUUCCAAGUUUCCCCUUGGAACAACACUGUGCGAACGACUGUAUUAUAUCGAACUACGAUUGUGCUAAAUACUUGUGUUACUGAUGUUCCGGCGAUGUUCUCACUGAGCGCAAUGGAUAUUGGGAAAUUCGUACUUGUUACAAUUAUACGCUACGUCGAUGUAAGUAAUUGAAGAAAAUGAAUAGAAAUUAUAAUAGAAGAGUGCCAGAGUUUCAUGAUGAACACUGCUGCGCGGGAAGUAUUGCCGGCAACUUUCGGCGCACGUCUUCACUGCGACUGCGCGGUGAAAAGAUGGUGCAGCGCUCGCCUCUUUCUACUAGAAAAUUAAUUCCUGUAAUCACGGAAAACGCACAUCAAAAAACCCGGAGCGAUGGAGCUCGUCUCGUGGAGCCGGGUCAUCGCCAAAGGAGCCAUUCUUUUAGCUCAAAUGCUCAACACAAAUCCAGAAAGCCCUGCCUGAAAUCCCCUGACAAUGGUAUGGAUAGCAAACUGGAUAUGACUGAUUCUGCCCAUACUCCACCUGGAUCUCCGGAGGACUUGCCUGAUGAUGAGUCUCUCCACAGUUACGGUAGUGCAGCCACCGCAGCUUCUGUCGACGCGGGUUACGCACCUUUCAACGGUACUACAUUCAGUGGCCGGUCCAUGCGAUAUGUCCUACAUUGUUCCUCUCACGCAGGCUUAGCAGGUGAUGAUUACUUAACGCCCACGCAACGAGCCCAAAAACAAAUACGUCGCCUAAAAAGCUUACUCAGCCAAGCUAAAAAAGACUUAGAAAAAAAAGACAGUGAAAUAUUCCAUCUCACCAAGGAGGUAGUUGAACUUCGCCUCUACAAAGCAUCCAUUUGUUCACCUGAUGAAAAAUCAAACUCCAGUGAAAUUGUGACAAUAAGAGAAAAUGCUGAUGAUAUUUCUAUUGAGCAAGAAAGCCCUAAACGUGAAGAGGCUUGUAGUACCUUUGAUGUUACUGAUAGUCCCCUGUUCAAAGAUCAAACCCCCACUCGGUGUCGGAAUGAUAUGCAAGGUUCUUUUACUGAUUCUGGCCACUUUGAUGAUCUCACAAACUCCUCUUUACACUCUAAAGAAUCAGUCCAUAUGUUAACACAUGAAGCAGCUUGCAUGACUGAGGUUGAAGAUUCAGAUGGGGAGCGACGUAGCUUAAUAUCUUUUUACGAGAAAAAAGUGGAAGAUGUAAUGAGAGCACAUGUGGGAGAGACACAGGAAUUGAAAAAGGCUCAUAAUGACAAGGUGGAAGCUUUGCUGCAGAAGUUGGCUGAUGUGAACACGCGCUACUGUGAAUUACUACCAAACUAUGAACAAGCUAAAGAACGAAUCCAUUCCCUAGAGAAGCAGCUAGAAGAGGCGAGCAAACAGUUACAAGAAGAAGAAAGUAGGCAUCGCUCUAUGUACUUGCAGAUGUACAACAAAGGAGUUGAAGCUGCUAAGUUUGAAUUGGAAAAGGAAGGAGAACCUGGAACUUCACAAGGACAAGAAAGCAGAGUUUCUGUUGAAGAACUACUUGAACAGCUGCAGAUUACCCAGACUGAGCUCGAAAAUGUCCGAGACACGGCAUUCACAGCGGACCGAACGGCAAAGUCACAAGUACUUCUAAGUGCAAAGGAGGCUGUUUCUUUGUGGGUCCUAGGAGCUCGGAAGGCUAUGUAUCGUCGUAUUGUAGAGUCGCAGAAAGGUAGCAAGACCAAUGUGGAUCCUGAGGUGACGUUACAGUUCUUGAAGUCGGCCAUUUACUACUUCCUGACUGAUCCUGAGAACCAUCAAGGUCAUCUCAAUGCUAUAGAGAACAUUCUAGGAUUUACUGAAUCGGAAAAGAAGAACAUACGUACGGCGAGGGCUACAUGAGAAGACUGCUGUGAACGUGUGAUAUGUCCGUAGAUUAAUUUUGUUGCUACUUAGAUAGGUAUUAAUUGUUGCAUGUUAUCAAAUAUGAAACAGCUAAUAAUUUAAGUCGUAGUUUUAGAUCAUAUGCACAUGACCAUACGUUACUUUUAAGAAACCCUAAUUUUGCAUAAUUUGCACAUAAUACACUUUAUUUGUGGUGGUUGUUAUCUUUUCUUUUGGGUAUUAUAUCGAAUUUAUUUUUUUAAUUAAUAAGUUUUGUGAUUUUUCAAAUAGAUCUUAAGGCCAAAGAAUUAAGUUUCCUUUUUUGUGCAAUUUUGACAAUAGUUUUAAGUGAGCAGUACAGUGAAAUUGCUACAUUCCUUGUAGAUUAUAACUAUUUUAAGUGUUAUAUUUUAUAAUUUUAUUGUAUUAUCUAUAUUGGUGUUGUUUUCCUAUAACUUAUCUUGCGUUUUUUGCAUGCUUGUCAUUUUAUAAAAAGUAUUAAAUUAUAAAAUCAUCAUGAUUCAUAAAAAAUCUCACUUUAACGUAAAGGUGAAUUUUGUACAUGGAUAAAUAAAUGAGCUGACUUGAGUAGAUAAACUUAAAAAACAUUUUUUGUUUUCUGGUUAAUCAUUUAAUUUUAACAUUAUCUACACAUACUCUUACCCAUUAAAGUCCUAUAUAAAAUGCAGGCCCGCACGCGCCUGAAUAGUUAGAUGCCUAAUGCGGUUGCUUAUAAGUGCAAUGCUCCUUUGAAAUUGAACAUAAGCAUAUUUUGUUCCAGAAAUUCUUUAAUUAGAUAUAUAAUGUUUCUAUAGAGAUAGCCUUUUUUACACGAUAUUUUUAUUCUAUAUUUAAAAUGUAGUCUUUUUAUUCCGUCCACUGAUCUCUCUCGGUCGCAUAAUAUUACUCUUAAGUUGUAUUUUAAUGUACAUAUUUAUUAGAAUAUUUAAUGUCUCUACACUACUUCUGCCGCUUCGUAUAUGUUGAGUGGAUACGAAGUUGUCAGAAAGGUAAACCCUCCGAUUCUUGAGCGUGCAAACUAUGAAUCGUCGUCGAUGGAGUUAAGUAUGAUAUUAAUGUGGUAUUGGUAAAAUAUGCUAAUUACAGACUAUUUAAUAGAUAGAGUAAAAAUUUAAUAUUUAUCCAGAAUUCUUACCAUAUACUGCCUUUUAGUGCUAUGGUCAGCUAUCUAUACAAUACGUUAUAUAAAAUUCACCUUUAUCAGUUAUAUUAGAUGUAAGAUUGAAUCUUGCCACUUUUGUGUCUGUGAUUGAAGAUUAAAGUACUAUAUUUUACAACUCGCAUAACAUCUCGAAUGGUUUAAUUGAAUAUCGCUUCACAAUUUGAUUUUUGCUAAAAAUGUUGCCCACUAAUUUUAUGCAAAUUUUACGAACUUGUCUAGAGUUAACCCGGCAAUAUGAUAAAUUAUUUUCUGUACGUUGCCUUUUACCCGUUUAUUUUACAAUAAAGUCGCUCUUUUCCCCCCUAUAAAGUCUGUUCUAAAUUUUUUUUUAAUUUGUAAUAGGAAAAAUUUCGGUGGCCUAUCUAAUAUCCAUUGUCUUACACAUGAAUACCGACGUUGAUUCACAAAAUAUAUUAUGUCUUGCAUUAUUAUUCCUAAAAGCUAAAGUUACUAUGUAAUCGUACCCAGUAAUUUCACUUACUAUCUACUCCUCUUUUUCAUAUAAAAUAUCCAGAAAUUAGCUCUAACAAUCCUUUUUUUUUUGCAUAUGUCAAAUUGUGAAGAUAAAAAACAGUUAUUUUAGCUAUCUAAUUACACCAGUGUUUCUGCAAAAUGUUUGCACGGAGCAAUUUUUAGAUAUUAUUGUAAUAUUCAAAUAUAUUGCCAGGUAUCUUGCCAUUAAAAUUUUAACAUGGCGAUUAGAGCACAACAGUAACGUCCAACAGCUUUAUAGUCUCAUAAUUUUAUUCUAUUUAGCAUUGAUGCCUAAUUAGCCAUAACAAAAGUGCAUAGCUCAUAAUCUUACCUAAAAAAAUAAUUCACAAUAUUAUAUAGACAAUGUUAAACCUGAUUUGUAAAGAAACAGUAUUAAUAGUUCUCGAAUAUUUAAAAAAAGAAUGUUUUGCGGAAUAUUAAGACAAGAUCAUAAUUAAUUAAAAAAAAAAUAUCAUAUUGAAUAUUAUUUUUUAUAUUUUUGCCUGCACUGUUAUGACUGUAUUGUACAUUUACAUAAAAUCUCAUAUUACGUAAAUACAACCCAUGAUACUUUUACACAGGAUUCUGUGACAGAAAUUGCUCGUCUUGUUAUUAAAUUAUGAAACAUGUGA